AUGGACAAUCUCCCCGAACAUCUACUCGCUACAAUCGCAGAAUUCCUCAAUACACGGAUCGAAACCCUCUGUUUCCGGGCUGUUUGUAACUCAUUUCGUUCCUCAGUCCCUCCUCCACUCCCGCCGCUCUCGCAUUUCAAGAUUCCCUUCCCGCCGGGCGCGAAAGGCGACGGUCACCUUGAACUCACUGAAUCAACUGUUUACGCCAUUCAACCCCUGGACAAAUCCAUUGAAACCUGGUUGUUCAAAGUAGAAGAGUCAAACUCUGGCAAAAUCCAAGUCAUGGAUCCCCUGUUUAAACUUCGUAUAAAAAACUCUUCCGAGAUGUUGCCCGAGCCUUUCAACUUGCUGGAUUAUCGCGUCAAGGAAAUUGCUAAAUCCUUUCGACUCGAGAUGGUACCAAAUUCUAAUCCUUUUUACGUUGAAAAGGUUGUCGUCUCUUCCGAUGAUGAUAAAGCUGGUGAAUUCGUACUAAUGGCGUUAAUUAGUGAAGGCCGAGUGGGCGUGUGGCGAAGCAAAGACGAGAGAUGGGCGAUCAAAGAUUUUGUUAUGAAAGUUUUUGCGUAG